AUGGAAAAGACCGUGUGCAGUUCGCAUCCCAACAAAAGCAACUCCUCGUCCAGGAAGCCCGGGGGUCGGAGCGGCUCCCACAGCCCCGGCUCGGGCUCCCUGUGCGGCCCGGCCGGAGCGGGAGGCAGCCGGGGGACGGUGCAGGGCAGCGGCGUGAAUGUCCAGCAGCAGCAGGGGCGCAGGAGGCAGCUGGAAGGAGUGCUGAGCAAAUACACCAACCUGCUGCAAGGCUGGCAGAACAGGUACUUUGUGUUGGACCCAGAGCUAGGCCAGUUGCAGUACUUUGUCAACGAGCAGGGGAAGAACCAGAAGCCCAGAGGGUGCCUGCCUCUGAUCGGUGCCUCGGUAACAACGAGCGAUGAAGCUUCCUACAUGUUCAUCGUAAACUCUGUCAACGGGGAGCUGUACAAACUCCGAGCUGCAGACGCUAAGGAGCAGCAGUUUUGGAUCAGUCAGCUGCAAGCGUGCGCCAGACGCCACUCUGACUGCAGUGCUAAGGUGAGGAAAUUAAAAGGCUCAGAUGAACACCUGAGUGUGGAGAGAGCAGGAGGGCAAGAAGUGCUGGGCUCCUCAUCCUCUGGCCGGGCCCGUAGCUUCUCCCUCCUCCCCCACCUUACUCCAUCUUCAUCUCCGAGUUCCCAGAGGCACGCGGGCCACACGGCCUCAUCCGGCAACAUCGUCACCAUCACCCACCACAAAUCUCCAGCCGCAGCUCGCCGAGCACAGAGUCAGUAUCCAGGACAGCUGCUGGAGGUCAAGGAGGUGAUGGCCCAAGCUGAGGGUCAACAGAAGAACCUGGUCCACUCCAUUGACUCUCUGCCAACCAAAGGCCCGCUCUCGUGUUUGGAUCAGGACCUGCUGCUGCUCAAAGCCACGUCGGCCGCCACACUCAGCUGCCUGGGAGAAUGCCUGAACAUCCUCCAGAGCCACAGCCAGGCGCCGCCUCCGACCCAGACCUCCCGUCGUUACUCCCACGGAGCCUCCUCCGAUGGUGUUCCUGUGUGGACGGUACCAAAGUCACCUUCAGGCGAGCAGCUGAAGGACGAAGGUCUGACUCCUCUGCGAUCGUCCGAGCUCUCCCCGGCCUUCAGGAGGAGGACUCUGUCCCACGGUGCUGAGCACCACUCAGGGCUGGAGGACAUCAGUCCCAGUGAAGAGGUGACGGACACCGAGGACAAUGAGGAGGAGGAUCUGGGGGUCCUGGACGACCAGCGGAGCAUCAUUCUCCACCUGCUGUCCCAACUCAAACUGGGGAUGGACCUGACCCGGGUGGUGUUGCCCACGUUCAUUUUGGAGAAGCGCUCGCUGCUGGAGAUGUACGCCAACUUCAUGGCCCACCCCGACAUGUUUCUGUCCAUCACAGCCGGCGCCACGGCUGAGGACCGGAUCAUCCGCUUUGUGGAGUACUACCUGACCGCUUUCCACGAGGGGCGGAAAGGAGCCGUGGCCAAGAAGCCCUACAACCCCGUGCUGGGAGAGACCUUCCACUGUUCGUGGGAAGUACCUCGAGAUAAAGUCAAACCUCUGGUCCGAUCGAACCAGGGCACCCCCGGAAAUAAUCCCAACAACGAGGACUCGGGAAGAGGCUGCUACAGGGUCCGAUUUGUUGCGGAGCAGGUGUCCCAUCAUCCACCGGUGUCCGGGUUUUACUGCGAGUGUCGAGAGCAGAGGAUGUGCGUCAACACCCACGUGUGGACCAAGAGCAAGUUCAUGGGCAUGUCUAUAGGAGUGUCCAUGGUGGGGGAGGGAGUCCUGUGUCUCCUGGAGCACGAGGAGGAGUAUGUCUUCACGCUGCCCUGCGCCUACGCCCGCUCCAUCCUCACGGUUCCCUGGGUGGAGCUGGGGGGCAAAGUCUCCAUCAACUGCGUCAAGAGCGGCUACUCGGCCACGGUGACGUUUCACACGAAGCCUUUCUACGGAGGGAAGGUGCACAGAGUGACGGCGGAGGUCAAACACAACCCGACCAACACCAUCGUGUGCAAAGCUCAGGGCGAGUGGAACGGCACGCUGGAGUUCACCUACAGCAGCGGAGAAACCAAAGUGCUCGACACGACCAAACUUCCUGUCAUCAGGAAGAGGUUGCGACCUCUGGAGAAGCAGGGCUGGACCGAGUCCAGGCGGUUAUGGCAACGUGUGACCAAGUCUUUGAAGGAGGGGAACAUGGACGAGGCCACAGAGCACAAACACCGACUGGAGGAGAGUCAGAGGGUGGACGAAAGACAGAGAGCAGCUGCCAACAAGCCAUGGAAACCCAAGUACUUCACUAAAGAGGGAGACGGUUGGAUCUACAACAACCCGCUGUGGAAGUCCACCUGACAUCAGACCUGCCUUUCUUCACGGACACAAACUGCAGUCUCAAACUGAGGACAGGACUCAAAGCAAAGGUGCGGCGUCCCCCUCGGCCUCACGGACGAACCGAGCGACAAACAAAAGGUGCCAAAAGGGUUUCCACUGCAGAACCAGGAGAGUGAAGACACGGGACUGAAGAACAGUUUUUUAGUAUUACAAGUAGAAUAUUUCUAUUUUCCACUUUUUCUAAAGGCCUUCUUCUUCCUCUUCACAACAUGU